UCAUAAACACCGUGUCGCCCCAUCAGUAAUUCAUGUAAAUUGGUAGAUUACGUAACAGUAUGCAUACUUUAAAACAAUAAACACGUUUAUUGAAGUGUCUAGGUGGUUUUUUUUAUCAUUUUUUAAAAGUUAUUUUUGUUUUAGUAGUAAACAAAUACAUCUAUGUUGCGAACAUCGCUUCGCCAUCACUAUUAUUAAUCAUCUUUCCUAUAAAUCACAUACCAGAAGCAACUGUCGAUUUGUUUGGUUAGGGCCAAUAAAUAGCCACUGGCUAGGGGUCGCUGCAUUCUCGUGAUAACGGGCUAUUUUACCUCACCGGUUUCACGAGGACAGGUACUACUGUGUAGGAGGACCCCGAUCACCGUUACGUCACGAUGCCCGCAUCCUAUACAAGCAGUUGAAAGGAGAUGAGGACAAACACCACAAAAAUUUCUGCUUUUGGAGAGUAUAGGUUCAUGACAAGAUGAGGGAUUUUGGAUUAGACGUCAAAUAGAUGGUGUGAUGAAAGAAGACGGGUUUCGGAACAACCACUUCUCAUUGGUGUCAGCCUCCGGAAGCUCCACUACAUCAAUAGAACUACAGUUACCUGGGAUGCUGAAAGUGAGUGAUAUGCCCAGGAGUGUGGAUCUUCUCAACAACACCAACUCCAAUGAAUCAACGCACGACAGCGAACUGAACCCGCCAAUAAACGUAUUUGUGGUGGUGCUGAAAGCGAUUGCAAUGACAGUCAUCAUGGCAACCGCAAUACUAGGAAAUUCUCUAGUUAUAAUCAGUGUAAAGAAGUUUGAAAGACUUCGAGGGAGAGUUACCAACUACUUUAUCGUGUCUCUAGCGUUUGCUGAUAUAAUAGUCGCCAUUUUCGUCAUGCCUUUUAAUGCUAGUCAGGAAAUCACAGGAAAAUGGAUGUUCGGAAGAACUAUGUGCGACAUAUUCAAUGCUAAUGACGUACUCUUCAGCACCGCCUCCAUACUGCAUCUAUGCUGUAUUAGCGUCGACCGUUACAUUGCUAUUAAUUAUCCUCUCAAAUACGACACAAAAAUGACAAAUUGCUGCGCUUGCGCAAUGAUCCUUGCCACAUGGAUCGCUUCCGCUCUUAUUUCAUAUAUACCCAUUCAUGCCCAGUUUUACACGACGUGGGAGCACUACAAACUCUUACAACAAAACACGGAUUCUUGUACUUUUCACGUGAAUAAAAUUUACGCUGUUGUAUCUUCAAGUGUGUCGUUUUGGAUUCCCUGCACCAUUAUGAUUUUUGUGUAUAUCAGAAUAUUCAUAACCGCUCGACGACAGGAGAAGCAUAUACGUUCCAUCAGUUUUUAUUCCUACAAGUAUGCCGAUAAUGGUAACUUAAACAGCCUUCUUCCAGUCUCGACAAAAUCCAAGAAAAUGUCGGAACGUUCGAGAAUGAAACGUGAACACAAAGCUGCCAAAACGUUAGGAGUUGUGAUGGGCGCAUUUAUUAUGUGUUUUCUCCCUUUCUUUUCCUGGUACCUAAUUACUGGUGUGUGUGCAGAAAAGUGUCCCUAUCCACCCAUAUUAGGGUCCAUGUUAUUUUGGAUAGGAUAUCUAAAUUCUUGUUUAAAUCCAAUGAUUUAUGCCUUUUACAAUAUGGAAUUCCGGACAGCAUUCAAACGGCUUUUGCACAUGCGCAACUCUCAUGGAUCAUAUCAAAGUAGUUCUUCGGCACGGAAUAAUUCUGAUGGUGAGAAUAAUAAAGGAAAAUUCAUGGUAGUGAAAAAGGAAUUCACGUUGACAAAUGUUUGAUGUGAGUUUAGUAAAACAAUCUCAGAAAUAUACCGUUCAUUCUAAGUGUUACAAUUGUAGUUUGUUGGUGGUCAACGCAUUACGAAAACCAAGAUAGAACGUCUGCAGAAAUCCAGUGUCAUCAUAAUUAUAAGAGUAUAUUUAACUCCGUGUAUUAUUUUCUUUUAUGAUAUCAUUGUUAUUUUAUAAUUCAUAUAUAUCCAUGCAUACGAUUUUGAACCCUCAUGUGACGUCAUCAUAGUCCUUAUAGAAAAUUGAGAAAUAAUGAUAAAAAAUGCUAACUAAUUGAGAUUUUUUAAACUGAUAAUGUAAGGAUAGAUACAACUGUACCGUAUCACGGUACGGGAAUCACAUAGCUGCACGUGUACCGCGAUAUAUCACGUUUUCAUCAUUUAAUAUUUAUAUUUCCAAUGUAUUUGCUUUUUUAAAAAUAUCUUUACAAAUACGUGUGUGACUCUUCAUAUAGUACUCUUGGAAUUUUGAUGAAAAUGAAAGUAGAAUGUAAAUAUGAAAAAUGAAUUCCAAAAGAUGGAUGAACAAAGCGAUAAAAACGUCUAUCCAUUAAAAUGCUUUCUAUAAAUCUAUAAACAUAUUUUUCUACCAUACAUUUGUUCUUGUGGUCAAUUUAUAUUUGACAUUUUUAUUGUUUGACGAUAUAUAAAACAAAUGGUGAUAAAGUAGAAUAUAUUAGCCACCAGAAUAUAUGAAAAUAAAAGAGAUACUAAGGGUAUCAAGCCCAUUGCCCAAAAGGAUCUACUUACAAUUCACCUUUGUGUCCUGCGGUUUAGACCACUUGCUUACAAUAUUCAUGGGGAUUCAAAUCAUGCUUGGUAUAUCGUCUUCAAUGUAAGGGACUUUUUUUUUUUUUUUUUUUUUUUUUUUUACAAAAGCUUUUAUUUUAUAUAACAUUUUUACAUCUUGUAUUUAUAAUGGAUCAUUGCUCCAUCUUUUGGAAGACUUAAAUAAUAUACGUUUUUAGUUUUUCUAUAAGUAUAUGAUUACAAAAAUUGAAGAAUCAACCCACACACAUUCAAAUUUUACCAAACUCGACUAUGAAAUGGUCAGAUUUGACAAUUUUGACUGUUCUCAUUUUCACAUCCCUAUACAUGUAUUUCAAAUAAUUUAAUUCCUUGGGUGUUUCAUUUACAACCUAUGGAAAAUAUACAUACUUUAAACUAAUUAACGAAUUCUAACUCUUUUUGAGAGUGAUUUUAUUUUUGUCUUUCCUAUCUAAUCAUUCUUGGGCACUUUUCUGGCCUUGUUCAUCCAUUUUCUGUUUAAAUAUACACGAGGGUAUAAACUGCGAGGCUUCACGACGCCAUGCUUCAUGGAACGCGUGAGCACUUCGUGAAAAGUGUGUCGAUGUGAAGCGUUGCAGUUCAUACUCUCAUGUAUUUUCAAAACUGAAAUUUAUUUCAGUUCUUAAAUGUUUAAACAGAUAACCACAACACGUGAAUGUAUAAUUUACGCAUAAUUCAGGACUACUGGUAUCUCAAUUAAAUAGUCAAAAAUUCUAGUCAUUUAACAUACUUUUGUUAUUUCUUUUUAAACAAGUGGAUUUUCUUUUAUUUUCUUAUGUUGAUUAUUAUUGUGUUUCAGAGUUUAUCAUAUGUUUAUACUCCAUAAAUCAAUUAUAGCAUA